AUGGCUAUGGACAUGGCCGCAUCACUCGACAUUGUUCAGUUCUUGCAUGAGCGUCGCGAUGAAGGCUGCACGGUCAAUGCAAUGGACAGGGCCGCGUCAAGUGGCCGCUUCGAUGUGAUCAAAUACCUUCAAACGCACAGGAGUGAAGGCUGCACGGUCAAUGCGAUGGACUGGGCCGCAAGGAUGGGCCACUUUGACAUCGUUCAAUACCUUCAUACGAGCAGGACUGAAGGCUGCUCAAAGUAUGCCAUGCACGACGCUGCCGAUGGCUGUCGGGCAGACAUUGUUCAGUUCCUGCAUGAACAUCGCACAGAGGGGUGCAAGAACGACACACUCCACGUUGCUGCCGAGCGCGGAUGUCUUGAUGUCGUCGCUUACCUCUGCGGAAAUCGAUCGGAAGUGUGGACGGCCGACCCAUCGCCCAUGUACGCGGCAGCCAAAGGUCGCCACUUGGAGGUGCUCGAGUACCUCCAUCGGACUGGGCGCUUCCAAUACACAGAGGAAGAGAUUGACAUUGCCGCGGAGAAUGGAUGCUUGGAGAUUGUAAAGUUCUUGAACAGUGAUCACAAUCGCACAGAGGGUACAGACACCGCGAUACAAUUGGCCGCGAUGAAGGGACACCUCGACGUCGUCAAGUUCCUGAACGAGAAUGGGAAAAUGGAGGGCAUCUCGGAGGCUCUGUCCGCCGCUGCAGAGUAUGGACACCUGGAGAUAGUUGAGUAUAUGCAUCAUAACAGCACGGAGGAAUGUGUAGAGUCGUACGUGGAGGGGGCGGCCAGAAAAGGAUAUCUGCCCAUCAUUCAGUUCCUCCAUAACAAUCGAACGGAGCCUUGGUCACCCCAAACCCUGGACAUGGCUGUUGAGGGCGGACACCUGGAAGUGGCGGCCUACCUUAUGGAGCACUGUGGGGUCAAGGGCACGGAGGACACAUUCUCUUUGGCUGCGUGGAGUGGUAACCUUGGGAUAGUUCAACUGCUGAAUGAGCGCAACUCAGAAUACUUCUCAUCAGAAAUGGAGAUGGAUGGUGCCGCGAGAGAAGGACAUCUGGACAUCGUCGAGUAUCUUCACCGACGUGGUAAAGUAUGCACUGGGGACACGAUGGACAAGACCGCCAAGAAUGGACAUUUAGACGUCGUGCGCUUCCUCCAUUACAACAGCACAUUGGGCUGCACUACCAAGGCGAUGGAUAACGCCGCACUCAAUGGAAGCCUCGAGAUUGUCAAGUUCCUCCAUUACAAUCGAACAGAGGGUUGUACAACCAACGCAAUGGACAAUGCUGCGCAGAAUGGGUACCUGGAGAUCGUCAAGUUCUUGCAUUACAAUCGAACAGAGGGCUGCACAGUCACCGCCAUGGACGACGCGGCCAUGUAUGGCUAUGAAUCAAUCAUUCACUUCUUGCACAAUCGAACAGAGGGCUGCACGACCAAGGCGAUGGACCGGGCCGCUGGCUUUGGUCAGCUGAGUAUCGUCCACUUCCUGCACACUCAUCGCACGGAGGGAUGUACCAAGGAUGCCAUGGACAAGGCCAUCGGCAAUGGCUAUCAAUCAGUCAUAUCAUAUCUCCACGAGAACCGCACUGAGGGCUACUCUGUCCAGCUCAAAGAAUCCAGUAUUCAUAGCACAGUCUACAAAUACUUGAAGUCCAAACAAAGUCUGGCACAGUCAUCUGGCAUGAGUGACCUGGCCUCAUCUUGGAACCAUUCCAAUCAAUCACCACCCAAUCAAUCACUCAUGGAGUCGUCGUCCAACACUCUUUCAAUCAAUCAAUCUUGA